GACACCCACCUUCCCCGCGCCCCAAAAGACCUGCUCGCCGGCCCCGGUGAUAUCCUCCCCACCCCGCCACACUCCGUCUGCCCCCGCCACCGCGCCCGCUUCACCACCCAAUCGCCGCGGACCGUCCUCUCCGCCGCGCCGAACGACGCGAACCUGGCGUUCGGUGAGCGGGAAGGGGAGAUAGCUGCGGACAACGAGAUGGCGACCUCGGACGCUGACCCCGCAUGCUCGGACAUAGCGUCGAGCAACUCGUCCACCGACCCCAACCUCACCCCCCGCUGGCUCCUCACCUCCCGCCCCCUCUGCCUCCACUGCGGCUUCAUACGCUGGUCCGCCUCCACUCACGCACGGUACCGUUGCUCCUGCGCCGCCACCUGCGACGUCUGCGGAACGGUGGAUGCAGAGACGUGGGAGCGGGUGGGGUAUGCGCAGGUGGAGGGGAGCGGAUUGGUGGGGUAUUAUUUCUUUCGGGAGGAUGAGAGGAGGGGGUGGGAGAGAGAGGCGGUGGGGUUGCGGGAGGCGGUGGGGAGGGGGUGGGUUUGGGGACGGGAGGAGUGGAGGGGGAGAGGGGAGUGGUGGGUGAAGUACGUGAUGGUGGUGUUGGGGGAUGGGGAGGGGGAGUAG